GCCUAGAUCUUUCUCUCUCUCUUUCUCUGUCUUUCUAUACAUUUGAUAAGGAUAAAAUGGAAUCAGCUGAUUGAUCUUCAUUAACAUUUUGGAUUCAAUUUGAAAACGGUCUUGCGCAGUUUCGGAUCGAUCGUUAGAAGUGUGAACUCCAGCAUUACAUUUAUAUUGGUCACGUAAUGCGUUAUCUGGCAUUCGCAGAUAUUGCGCGUGUCAAGGCGUAAUUCUUGAUCUAACAUCAGUACUGGUCAGUACGUCGCCGUACCGGAUUUGUGUCAAACAGCAGAAAAUUAACGAGCAAUGGGCGGAAGAAAUAGCAGAAGUUUUUCUCCUACUCACACUAGCAACGAAAAAGUUAAACCUUCCGUAGCGACAGGUAAACCUGAAAAGCUUGACUAUGUCGAAGGUGUAGUUUGCAAUGAGAAAGACAUUGGUGAAAAUGAAAUGAAGCUGUUGCCACUUGGCGAGGAUGGAGGAAAAAUUUUGUUGAUCAAGCAGAAAGGAGAAUUACAUGCAAUUGGAACAAAAUGUACACAUUAUGGUGCUCUUCUAAAUACAGGAGCAUUAGGUGACGGUAGAGUAAGGUGCCCAUGGCAUGGUGCAUGCUUUAAUAUUAAAACUGGGGACAUAGAAGAUUACCCUGGAUUAGAUUCACUACCUUGUUAUCAGGUUACAGUCACUGAAAAGGGAUUGGUGAACGUAAAGGCUAAACGAGUGGACUUAGAAACAAAUAAACGCAUUAAGCAAAUGUGCCCGCUUCAAUCUGCCAAUGAAAAAGUAGCCGUUAUAGUAGGCGGUGGUCCCGCUGGUGCUACGUGUGCAGAAACCCUUCGCCAAGAAGGAUUUUCAGGGCGUGUGAUUAUGCUUUGCAAAGAACCAAUUUUACCUUAUGAUCGUGUUAAGUUGUCUAAAUCUUUGGACAUUGAUAUUUCAAAGAACACCUUAAGAUCGCAACUCUUCUAUGAUGAAAGUAACAUCGAAGUUAGACUGGGCAUCGAAGCUACAGGUUUGGAUACAAAUGAACGAAUUGUCAAAGCAAACAAUAAUGAAAAUAUUAAAUACGACUACUUGUUUAUUGCUACGGGAUGUCAAGCAAGGAAACCUAAUAUGCCUGGUUCUAACUUAGCAAAUGUCUUUACUUUACGAAAUUCGAUGGACGCGCUUGCAAUACAUUCACAGAUAUCUCCAGAAAAACAUAUCGUGAUACUUGGGCUUGGUUUUAUUGGCAUGGAAGUAGCUGCAUACUGUGUAGGGAAGUGUGCAUCAGUCACAGUUAUAGGAACUGAAACGGUGCCUUUGAAAGCAAUCUUUGGAAAUGAGAUAGGAGAAAAAAUUCGAAGUAUUCACGAGGAAAAAGGCGUGCGAUUCGUAUUCAAGAAUAGUAUCGCCAAAUUCAUUCCAAAAGAGGAUGACGAUAAAACGUUGAAAGAAGUUGAACUUCAAGAUGGAGUAAUCCUUCCAGCUGAUAUAGCAAUUGUGGGAAUUGGAACUACAUUUAGCACGGAAUGGCUCAAAGACUCCUUGGUGCAGUUAUCGGAAAAUGGUAGCAUCGUAACAGAUGAGCAUUUACGAACAAAUGUUGAAAAUGUUUACGCUGGUGGAGAUGUUGCUUAUGCACCAGUGUUCGUAUCUGAUAACAAUCCGGCAGCUAUAGGCCAUUAUGGUCUGGCACAUUAUCAUGGAAAAAUUGCAGCUUGUAACAUAGCUGGAAAAGAAACACCUUUACGAGCUGUACCAUUCUUUUGGACGUCCCUGUUUGGCAAGAGUUAUAGAUAUGCAGGCCAUGGAAGACCAACCAGCAUGAAGAUUUAUGGCUCUUUAGAUGAAUUAAAAUUCUUCGCCUACUAUUUCAAAGAUGGCAAAGUAAUAUCUAUGAGCAGUAUUGGAAGAGACCCGAUUGUGUCUGAUUUUGCAAAUCUACUCUACGAAGGUAGAAGAUUAACACAAGAAGAGGUUGAACAAAAUCCUACUGGUUGGAUGCGCAAUAAGCCGAAAGAUAUGUUGGAAGAUCCGCAGUCUGAAAAAUUUGUUCCAGUGGCUGGAGUCAAGUCGAUUGGCGCAACUUUUGGGAAUCAGUCAAAGCGGUUAUAUCAUACAUUAACAAUAGUACGACCACCCAUGACUGUGAAACGAUUAAAAACGCGAGUAUUAACGUUUAGACAAUUCCUAAAUUGUGAUACAUUCUUUCGAACUAUUAGAUUAUUGCGCUUUUGAUACUUUGAAACAAAGUGCUAAGAGGGGUUUCUUAUUUGUGCUUUGCUGCAUAUUUAACAGCAGAUUCAAGGCUUCUAUUGUUAAAAAUAUUUAUUUCAUUAUUGUAUAAGUAUUGUAAUAAAUAUUUCAAAAUAUUGUGAUAAAGAAUUAUUCAUGUAUGAGGAACAUAAAUUGGGACUGUAACCAAUAAUUUUUUAUGAACUUUGCUAUAUGUAUACAUUAGUCCACUAAUGAAAAAUAUUAUUUCCAGAGAAACUAAACAGUAUGUGAAAGAUACCCUAAAUAAAUUCAGAGAAGAUUCAGAUUCAGAUGAUUAACGAUAUGA